AUGAACUACCUCUCCGCCAGAAUGGGCGUGGGGUGCGGCCCGGGACACCUCGACUGCAACGGGACGUUUAGGGAGCCCCUGUCCGCCAGGAGCCACAGGCUGCUGGACCGUCAGUCCCAGAAUCCCACCGCGAUCCCGCGCCCCCACCCUCAGCUCCUGCAGCCGCCCCGCUUCUCCGCGGCGGAGGACGAGCCGGACCGCGCCCGCCACGUCGUCGGCGCGGCGGUCCUGGCGGUGGGGCUGGCCGGGUUGCUGGGCAACGCCCUGGCGACGUACGCCGUCUGGCGGAGCCGGCCCCCGCGCUCGGCGGGGAGCGCGCUGGCGGGGAACCUGGCGGCCGCGGGCCUGCUGGCCUCUCUCACGCAGCCGCCCGUGUUCUUCGCCGCCGGCCUGCACCGCCGCUGGCCGUUCGGCGAGCGCGCCUGCCAGCUCCACGCCUUCUGCGGCUCGCUGCUCGCCGUCUGCUCCAUGACCAGCCUGACCGCCAUCGCCGCCGACCGCUGCCUCGCCGUGGCCCGGCCCCUGGCCCUCCUGGGCGGGGUGACCCGGCGGCGCGCGGGGGCCCUGCUCGCCGGCCUGUGGGCCUACGCCCUGGGCUGGAGCCUGCCGCCCUUCUUCGGCUGGAGCGCCUACGUCCCGGAAGGCCUGCGGACCCCCUGCGCCUGGGACUACCUGAGCUUCACGCCCUCCGUGCGCGCCUACACCGCCCUGCUCUUCGUCUUCGUCUUCCUGGUCCCGCUGGGCGCCGUGGCGGCCUGCGCCCUGGCCUGCGCCCUGGCCGUGCGGACGGCCCGCAGGGAGGCGCGGGAGCUGGGGUCCGGGGAGGCGCAGAAGGCGUACGCGCGGAUCCAGAGCGAGUGGAAGCUGGCCAGGGCGGCCCUGCUGGUCGUCCUGCUCUCCGUGGUCUCCUGGUCUCCCUACGCGCUGGCGGCCCUCACUGCCACGGCGGGGUACCCCCGCCUGCUCGCCCGCUACACGGACUCCCUCCCCGCCGUCAUGGCCCAGGCCUCGGCCGUCCUCCACCCCGUCAUCUACGCCGUCGCCCACCCCAAGUACCGCGCGGCUAUCGCCCGCUACGUGCCCCUGCUCCGGGCUCCGGGGAAGGACCUGCGCUCCUCCUUCAGCUCCUCCUCCUCCCACCGCCCCACCGCCACCUGCCUGAGCUCCCUGGGUGCAGUAGCCCGAGCCAACAGACGCCGGGACAGGAUGCGACUCUCCCCCGCCUCGGACUCCGAGUCCUGCUGGGUGGAGAGUGAGGUCGCUCCGCGGCGUACCUCCGUGGAUGUCUUCCCCCUCGUGCAGCUGGCCGGGGGGGCGAGGGGGGCACCCGACCCCGCUUUCAAUGCACCCGUCUCCGGGGUCACGGAGGAAGACGUGCCAGACGGGGGCGUGAGGUCGGACGGAAAAGCUUUCCUGCUUCAGGAGGACUGA